AUGGCGUCCACCCAACUCCAAAGUGGGACCCCUGCACCCUACGGCCGGGCUUGUAUCAACUGUUCUCGUGCCAAAAGCAAAUGUAUUCUUCUUGCCGCUGGAAAUGGUUGCGAAAGAUGCCAACGGCUCAGUAAAGAAUGUCGGCCAUCACCAACAGUGCGAAAGCGAAAUGGACGCUCCUCUGCUUCGAGAACGGCUCAACUAGAAGCCAAGCUUGAUAACAUUGUAUCAUUGCUCCAGACUAGCGGCGCGCCAACCGGCAUCCCCACCGAUUGGGAGGCCACAUCGCCAGCCACGGGGCAACAUACUUCACAAAGUCAAGCCACUGCUUCAUCAUGCAGCUAUCAUUCGGAGGGUAUUCCUACCCCGCCAGCAACGGCGUCACCGCCCCAAAGUAGCAACACAAUAGAGGAUCUCUGUGCUGCUCUUCCGAUUUCUCCGGAGACGGCCGAACAGACUCUUACUUUCUUCCGCACGGAGAAUAUGAAAUAUCUCCCAUUCGUGCACAUUCCCUCUCAUAUGACCUCACAGCAACUACGCCAAGAAAAGCCAUUCUUCUGGCUAUGCAUUAUGGCCGUUUUGACACCGGGGAGUAUUCAAAGGGAUUCUGUCUUCUUAAAAAUCACCGAAUUCAUUCACCAAAAGGUACUUGUGGAUGUGGCUCCAAGCAUGGACAUGCUGCUUGGGAUCAUGACUUUUAUAUCAUGGACGGUGUAUUCUCGAAGGCCAUUCCUCAACUUCUAUGCCCAUAUAGUAAUGGGCCUUGUUUGUGAUCUCGGCAUCAACAAACCAGUUCCCACAGAAUAUUCAACCAUGCAAGCCUUCAAAUGUGCCGUAGGUGCUAAGCCGAAUAUCCCUACCUCCAGAACACUGGAAGAGCGAAGAGCCGUGUUGGGUUGCUUCUUGAUCACAUCAAGUGUUGCAUUGACAAUGUCAAGAAUUGAUGCUCUCAGAUGGACUCCACACAUGGAAGAGUCUUUGUCAAUUCUGAUGAAUGCCAAGGAAUGUCCCGAUGAUGAGCGUCUGGUCACACUAGUCAAGAUCCAUCUAGUCAUGGAUAAGGUGUACCAUCUGCAACGUGAUGGAGACAGUCACCUCCCAUCCACCUUUUAUACCAAAGCAUUUCAAUCUCAGCUUGAAUCCGUCAAGAGCUCAAUUCCAAGUCACCUACAAGAGGACAGAUCUAUCCUCUUAUAUCUUGCCAACGCUGAACUCACCAUCCAUGAGGUCGCCCUACGAGAACCCUCUACACCCAACUCGCCAGAAUUGCACAGACUAGAAAGUCUCUACACAUCUCUCCACGCAGCAAAAUCCUGGUUGGAUCUCUGGCUAUCUGUGCCAACCGAAAAGUACAUGGCCGUCUCCUUCACUAUCUUCUUCCAAUUUUCCCGCGCCCUCGUGAGCCUGUACAGACUUUCAAUCCUCGAUGACCCUGCUUGGGAUAAGACACUUGUGCGAAACACGGCCAAUGUUCUCGAUUAUCUCGACAGAAUGGGCUAUAUGAUGAAGAAAUGCGCGGACCACCUCGCAGUACCUCACCAGCCAGAAUGGAACAUCUUCGAAAAGGGAAAGACGAUGGUCCAGUGCAUUAAAGAAGGAUGGGAGCCAAAGCUCAUGGAGAUAUGGUAUCCAAGCUUACCUUCUAACGGGGUGGAGACUACGCUUGAUCCACCUAAUCCUGCAAUCCUUGCUGACAUAUUGCCGAUGAAUGGGUUUGAUGACGCGUGGAUGAUGGAGGUAUUUGGUUCGAUGUGA